AUGAGGUCUUCAUUUCUCUUUCUCGGUUUCUUAAUCCUCUCUAUUACUUGUGUUUUUCAGUUUCAAGCUCAUGCUGCACCUGCAGGGCCAUUGAUAAAACACCUUUCCUCUCUUCUCAAAUGGACUAGGUCUUCCACCAAGGCACCCCAGCAAUCAGAUGGAAAUGUGCUUCAAUUUGAAGAUGGCUAUCUAGUUGAAACUGUUGUUCAAGGGAAUGAACUUGGGGUUAUACCAUACUCUAUUCGUGUCUCUCAAGAUGGAGAGCUAUUCGCUGUGGAUGCUGAGAAUAGCAACGUCGUUCGAAUUACUCCUCCACUUUCCCAAUAUAGUAGGGCAAGAUUGGUUGCAGGAUCAUUUCAGGGUCACACUGGGCAUGUGGAUGGAAAACCAAGUGAUGCUCGUUUUAAUCAUCCAAAGGGGGUUACAAUGGAUGAUAAAGGGAAUGUUUAUGUUGCUGAUACAUCAAAUCUUGCCAUUAGAAAGAUAGGAGAAGCAGGUGUGACAACUAUUGCGGGAGGAAAAUCAAAUGUUGUGGGAUACCGGGAUGGGCCAAGUGAGGAUGCAAAGUUCUCAAGUGACUUUGAUGUGAUAUAUGUGAAAGCAACCUGUUCACUAUUAGUUAUUGACAGAGGCAAUGCUGCUCUUCGUCAAAUCUCUCUUGACAAGGAAGAUUGUAAUUACCAGAGUAGCUCUACGUCUGCUGCAGAUCUUCUGAUGGUCGCUGGUGCUAUUUUGAUAGGGUAUGUUUCGUGCAUGCUUCAGCAAGGAUUUGGUUCCUCUUUUUUCUCCAAAAUGCAAGGGCAUAAUGGAUCUGAACUUCCAGAACAACCAGUGAUAAAGGAGAAACCCACUCCUAUUGCAGUGGCCAUUAAAGACGAACAAGAAGCUGGGUGGCCGUCAUUUGGACAGCUCGUCUUGGAUCUAUCCAAGUUUGCAAUGGAAGCAGUAGGUGGUAUCUUUCUUCAAUUCAUUCCCUUGAGCUUCAGAGGGAAGAGUUCCAAAGGUGGCCUUACUCCACUGAAAGAUUCUCUUGUUAUGCCUGAAGAUGAAGCCAAGCCUUCAUUACCUCAAAACCAGAGAACUCCAACUCCCCUAUCUGAAACAAGGCAGACCCAUGAGCCAUCUUCUGCUGAUAGAUUUACUGAAGUAAAACUAUCUAAGAUUAAGUCCAGCAGUUUUAAAGAUCCCCGUGAGCCAUCUUCUGCAGAUAGAUUUACUGAAGUAAAACAACCUAAGCUUAAGUCGAGCAGUUUUAAAGAUCCCUCUUUGUCAAGCAAGCACAGAUCUUCCAGACGACAAGAAUUUACUGAAUACUAUGGAUUGGGUGAGGUUCCUCCAUUCGGGCAGGUCAGGCCAAAGAGUCAGAAAGAGAAAACAAAGCAUCGUACACGAGAGAAAAAUGGAGACACAAAUUUUGUGGCAUCGAGUAUGGAGCCAAAACCUGUUGAAACCAGGGCAGCCAACUAUGAGAAUACUAACUAUGAUCCUUAUAAUUUCAGGAGCAAGUAUGGAGAUUCACACCGGUAUGAUUAA